AUGGCUAAAGGUACCAAAAGAGCUUCCCCUGGUGCUGAAGAAGAGAAAAGCGGCUUGUCCAACGCCGAACUUGGGGAGGAAGACGCCCAAAAAUUAACAGAGAUUCAACGCGAUCUUGCGCGCGUUGAGCUCGUCCUUGAACGCCAGGCUCAGGCAACAUUGCGCCCAGUUUAUGAGAAACGCCGUGCUGUUGUCCGCACCAUUCCUAAUUUCUGGCCAGUGGCUCUCAUGAACCACAGCCUCUUUGCGUACCAUGCUCAACACAGUGCUGAUCAAACUGCACUCAACUAUCUUGAGGAUCUCUGGGUCGAAAAGGAUCCCAAUGAACACAGAUGCUUCACCAUUGAAUUCUAUUUCAAAGAAAACCCUUUGUUCUCUGACACCGUCCUCAAGAAGGAGUACAAAUUUGUGAAGCCCCCUGCUGCUGAAAAUGAAGUGGCUGAUGAAAAUGGCAUUACCCCCUCCAUGCUUGACUUCUCAUGGGAGCGUGAUGUCGAGGUUUCGACCACAAAAAUCAACUGGAAGGACGCUGACAAGGCCUUGACAAAGGUAUACCCUCGUAAGGUUGGUGAAGAUGAAGAUGAUAUCGCCGACCCUGGAAGCUUCUUUAACUUCUUCGAGCACCGUGCCGAUCCAUCUGAGAUUGGUGUUGUCAUUGCGAAUGAAAUAUUCCCAGAGGCCAUUGAAUACUUCCUGGGCAACGUUGACGGUGAAAUCACCGACUCUGAAGACGAGGAUGACGAUGAUGAUGAUGACGACGCUGAGGAAAUCGAUCUCGAGAAACCUCGCUCCAAAAAACGCAAAGUGUAA